UCCUCCCCCACACCACGCCUCCACCUCCGCCUCAUUUGCUCCAGUUCCCGGAGGGCCGCAACCACCGCUAGCCACUCACCCGGCACGGCAUGGCUGCGUCGCUCCGGUCGCCGCCCCCCUUCCCCGCCGCGGCGUUCCGCCGCCGCCGCGCCGUCGUGCGCGCCUCUUCCUCCUCGUCGUCCUCCUCCUCGGCCGUGUCGUCCGCACCCAAGGCGCGCUUCGUCGCCCGCCGCUCCGAGUCCACCUUCGUCCAGCAGCUCGCCCGCCCGCUCGCGGAGUACAUGAGCUUGCCGGCGAGUCAGUACUCGGUGCUCGACGCGGAGCGCAUCGAGCGCGUCGACGAGUCCACCUUCCGCUGCUACGUCUACCGCUUCCGCUUCUUCGCGCUCGAGGUCUGCCCCGUGCUACUUGUUCGCGUCGACGAGGAGCCCAACGGCUGCUGUAUUAGCCUCCUCUCCUGCAAGCUCGAGGGAUCACCGCUUGUGGAGGCUCAAAAUGACAAGUUUUCAGCUUCCAUGGUGAAUAAGGUGUUCUGCAACAGUAGUAUGAGUGAUUCAACAUCUCAACAGCUUACAUCGGAUACUACAAUCGAGCUUCUUGUGACAAAUUUCCAGGUUACAAUUGAUAUACCAUUUCCAUUUCGAGCAUUACCUGUUGAAGCCAUUGAAUCAAGUGGCAAGCAAGUUCUUGAGCAACUACUCCGAGUCAUGCUUCCACGAUUUUUGAAGCAGCUUGUUAAAGACUACCAAGCAUGGGCUUCGGGUGAUUCUUCAAGGAAACCACUUGGCACUGGUGAAAUAUGAAGCUUCGCAGUGUCUCCAUUAGGCAUUAUAGUCUUUUCUUGUUGCAUUAGUUAUUGCUUGAUGGGGUAUAGAAAAGCUGUUUAUACGUCGUUUUGCUCACAAAAUCCAUUUGCUUCUUUGUGGUCUUUGCCUGAAGAUGUUCUGUAGUGUGUAUGGAUUUGUGCCAUGCGACCAGUCACAUACAUUUGUAGGUUGUUCAUUCACAAUGUGUUGUUGUAAGAUUAACAAUAUCCGACCAAAAACUCUUCUGCCUCCAUACACAUUACAAAUUAUGGUCCUGUGAUAUAAGGAUUGUCUAUGCAAGGAAGGGGUCGGAUAUGGUUUUCUGAUAUUGAGAGCAAUAUGUGCGGACAA